AUGAAGGACAUGAAACUGGUCACGCUCGGCGAUGGCCAGGUCCUGUGGUCGAACUACGACUCUCGAUUUGAUGUCAGAGUCAAGCCCAACGCUCUCACGGGCGCUAUGACCAUGUCUCUUGAUGGCCUCGUGGUCGUCGUCCACCGCGACCGCAUCACCAUUCGGCACGAAGGUACCUCCCGUACAUCGGUUGAGCACGAAAACACCCCGGACGACGGGCCAUACAUCACGACCUGCAUCGACGUCGACAUGCACGGCUGCGUCCCCAAAUCCGAUCGGCUGCUCUUUCCUAUCUCUUUCAACGAGCCCAUCAUCGUCAGGACCUUCCACCAGGUUCUGGACGAACAGUACUCCGAUUUCAUCAAUCAGGCCAGCAAGUGGUACGGCUUCCUCUGCGCCGAACGUGGCGAGUUCGCGACCUCGUACGGCACUGCCAACGUCAAGCUUAGGUACGAGGUUGACGCCAACAUCCGCGACGCCGUUCACGCUGUCAAAUGCGCCAUGGUUGUCUUGGGUUAUCAGGACUUUGUCCUGCCCACGCACAUCGUAACUCAGUUCCCGAAGGACGUCCUUGAACUUCGUGAGUCCACGACAAAAAUGUGGCAAAAGAAGGCGGCCAAGAAACGCAAGAUGGCGGACGAGGAUACGCAGGUUCCUCCACGCAAUCUUUCUGGAACGUCGAUCGUUAAGUCGUCCGCCUAG